AUGGCUUUCGAGGGCGGCACCGCCUACGCAGAGUCGGACGCCGAUGACGAGUACGAGCGCAGUAUGGGUGGCCACUCUCCCGUCGGCGACUCGGAAGCCUCCCCCAUCGAUUCCGAGAUCUCAACCUCCACCGAGCACACGCCCACAACAUAUGGCCGUCACAGCAGCGCCGACCGCCUGCCCGAGACCAUCAUCUCAGAGUGGACCGUUGACGAGUGUGCCGACUUUAUCAGCAAUAUUGGCCUCUCCCAGUAUGCCGACCGAUUCAUUGAAAACGAAAUCGUCGGCGAAGCUCUGGUGGCCCUGCUUCAUGACGAUCUCAAGAGCAUGGGCAUCGCCAGUGUCGGCCACAGAUUAACCAUCCUCAAGAGCGUAUACGAUGUAAAAAAGGCACAGGAUAUACCCAUGGAGUCGGAUCACUACCUACCAAUGUCUGCCGAUGCCGAAGCGCAGUAUGCUACCGCAACCCUCAAAGAUAUCAAGCACCUCGUCGAACAGCUGAGGCUACGCGACGAGCGGAUGAACCUGCUCGAGACGGACCUGCGACGCAUGACGGACGACUUUCGACGGUUACGGGAAGAUGUUUUGCCCGCUCUUCGAUUCGCCAAGGAUGCGCAGCAGCCGCUGCCCAAUCUCACCCCUGGCACCCAGGGAUACACAUACGAGGCUGGCACCAUCUCGAGUCCUGGCCCGACGCCUCCGGGUGGCAGCACUGGCGUUGGUGGCGUAAAACGACAGUACUCGCAACGCAAGAUUCUGAUAGGAGCCACACCGAAGAGCUCAUCACCCACACAAGCCGGCCACGAACGAACGAUUGCCGAGCAAACGCUAGACCCUGCCAGCGCCGCCGAGCGCGCUGUUCUGUCGUCGACGCAUCUCGCCGCCAUGAACGGCGCUGGUCAAAGCUCGUCCUCGCCCGGAUACUCGCCCAACAUACCCUCUCCCACAUCACCACAAAAUUACAUGAGCGGCACGACGCUCGCAUCGCGCUCCUACCGCAGUGAGACGGCCACACCGUCGAUACGAAACUACAGCGAGUCCAACGCCGGCAACGCCCCGCGACGGCGCGAGACGCCCGUGCCCGACACGCCCAACCAUCCACCCGGCUCGGUAGAAAUCUUCAAGUCGUUUCGGGUCUCUAUGGAAGACCCGUGCUACAAGGUUCUGCCAGCGGCCUUGCGCAAGUACCAGAUCAAUGCGCCCUGGGACCAGUACGCCCUGUACAUUGUAUACGGCGACCAGGAGCGGUGCCUGGCCAUGGAUGAGAAGCCUCUGAUUCUAUUCAAACAACUGGAUAAAGAAGGCAAGAAACCAAUGUUUAUGCUGCGCAAGACGAGCAGCGCUCCGGCGGAUGGCGACCCAGGCAGUGCAGGCGGUGCGAGAGGCACCUCUUCGACGGGGUACGAUCCGCCCGGUGGUAUCAUAUAA